AUGUUUCCACGAGCCGUUCGCAGUAACUUGUCAAGACGAGUGGCAUGUCCACGACGACCACCCAUUCGACCCGCCAUUCGACCACGAGCAACAGUGCGUAUGCGCACUAUCAGCAAACGGCAUCAGUCGUCUGUAGCUACAGCAGAAGAAGCAGCAACAACUGCAACCAAUGACGUCCCUUCCACACCCGCCAACAGGGGAUUGAUGGCACCCCUUGAACGUUAUGACGCAUUGACUUCUGCAGGCAACACCAUUCGAGCGGAUCCGCACCAAAGAGCCAUUGUGCAAAAGUUGGACGACCUUUGGCAUGAGUUACAGCACUACACAGCACCUAUCCCGGUGACAAACACACCACCACCACCAGACAAGCAUAUUUACGAUGAUUUGGAAGAGUAUGAGAGUGUCUUUACUUCUGUGACCAAAUGGUUCAAGAGCAAAAAGCCUGUUGUCCAAUCAAGACCCCAACGACCUGCCAAUGUUCCAAAGUCGAUUUAUGUAUAUGGUGAUGUGGGCACAGGCAAAACGAUGGUGAUGGAUUUGUUCUAUGACAUGUUACCCAUCAAGCGGAAGCGACGAGUCCAUUUUCAUGCAUUCAUGCUCGAUGUUCAUGCUCGUAUUCAUCGAAUCAAGACAAGUCAACCUACAUUGCCGAAUCCACUAAGUCCUAUUGCCGAUGAGCUUGCCCGAGAUGCCUAUGUUUUAUGCUUUGACGAAUUCCAAGUGACCGAUAUUGCUGAUGCCAUGAUCCUACGUAAGCUAUUUGAUGAAUUGUUCGAUCGAGGUGUUGUCCUGGUGACCACGUCCAAUCGUCAUCCCACCGAACUCUAUCAGAAUGGUAUCCAACGCCAGUCCUUUUUGCCUUGCAUUGAUCUAUUGAUGGAGCGUUGCCAUGUAUUGAGCUUGGAUUCUGGAACGGAUUAUCGCAAGAUGGAACGUGAAAUGUCUCAAGUUUACUUUUAUCCUCUCACCCAAGAAACGCAUGAAAAGAUUGAUCGCAUCACUCGCCAACUCACGCAUGGCAAACCGAUGACGCCUAUGAAAUUGGAGUUUUUGGAACGAUCCUUGACCGUGACCGAACAAGCCGAUGGUGUAGCGCGUAUGAGCUUUGCCGAUCUUUGCGAUAAACCUCUGAGUGCUGCCGAUUAUCUCCAAAUUGUUCAACACUUUCACACGGUCGUUCUUACUGAUAUUCCACGCAUGUCCAUGAAGCAUCGUGCCAUGGCUCGCCGUUUCAUUACGCUCAUUGACGCUCUUUAUGAAUCCCAUUGUACGUUGAUUGCAAGUGCUGAAAGCGACUUUUUGAAUAUCUUCAACGCAUCCGAAGGCAGUGAUGAAAUUGACGAUGAAAUGCGCAUGAUGAUGGAUGAUCUCAAAUUGGAUACGGUCGAGUCGCCCCUCUUUAGUGGUCAAGAAGAAGCUUUUGCCUUCCAGCGUGCUCUAUCACGUCUAGUACAAAUGCAAAGCAAGGAAUGGAUUCAAAAGAACCUGUAG